AUGAAGAGAUUAUCUUCGAAUAUCUUCAACUUCGCACUUGCGACCCAAAUCCUAAUUUUUCUAUGCACUGGGAGCGUGUAUGGACUCAUCAUCAAGGUUAGACAUUACGAUUUUAUCAGGGGCGGAACAUAUGACUUGACUUUGUGUCGCCCACUAGGCGCAAACAAAGUAGUCCUUCUUGAAAAAGAUUGCGAUGGAAUAUCAUCGAUGCCGGGGUGGAGGGCUCGUGAACUAGAUGGCCCAAGCUACCAACCACCCCGUACUGUGCUUGACUUGUUCGGACCUCCGUUUGGACCAGUCACCGAGGGCACAUACGAAGAGCCGAGGCCCUGGGCCGCCUGGAUGGGUAGUCUCUUUUACAAUAAGGAUCCAUGGAAGCCGAUUAUGUUUCGCAGCUCGUAUAAUCCUGAAGAAGGAUAUGAGUGGCGGUUACCGUUUGAAACCCAACGGAACGGCCAACCAUUUGUUGUUACACCGGCAGGCCCCCUCCGAGCUGGAGAUACACUCGACACUGCCAACAACGUGGAUGAUACUAGCAUGACGUUGCUUUAUUAUCCAAGCCUAGUUUCAUGCAAUAGCCCCUCUGGUCGGGUGCUUCGACGCGCACCUAGUUUCAAUCGCCCUAAUGCCCGUGUCAUUCUUGACUACGAGGCCAUCAAGAGAUAUGGAGACGCCGAUUGCCGUACUGUACAGUUCAUUAUAUCCGAUGUCGGGUACAUAGAUUCAUCGUAUCCGAUUCUGCCACCGGAAGACCCUUACCCGCUAGAUCUAAUCCCAAUAACUGAGGAGAGCUCUUCUACUGGUGGUAGUACUACAGGGAGUUUACCAGAGGUAAAUGAUCAAAGUUGGACUAGUAGUGCAUACGCAACUUCCUCGGAUGGAAGUGAUACUAUCAGUGAGACUAGCUCUGAUGAAUUUGACGACGACUUAAUGUCAGAAGACGACCCAGAGUGGGACGCCUUAACAAAGGAGCUCGAGGCGGAGUGGGAAAAAAACGGCCAGUCUUUUGAAGACAUCAACAUGGAUGACGCCAAAGUCGAACAGGUGAUCAGACAAUAUUGGGCAUCCCCUGAGGCUGAAAAUUUCGAUCAAGAUGUUUUAAGGUACCAACUUGACAGUCUAGGAACCGAAGAGGAUUUAGAGGCGGAGAUUGCCAGACUUGAGGACGAGGAUUUGCAAAAAUUCUUAAGCAACUAA